GGAGGUGUCGCUCCGGGGAACUUCCUGGUUCCCGGGCUCGGCUUCGCCGGGAUCCUCUUGGAAGGGAAACAAUGGGGCGGAGGGCACUGCAGUAGCCGCCGUCGCGCCGGGACCUGCUCGGCCGCCGGGACUCCCCGCUCUGCCCCCUUCCACAGCCUCCGCAGACAGGACCGUCCGGAGGACAUGUAUUCCUCUGAGAAACCUUGGACAGCAGAUUUUGGUUUACUCUCUGAUUGGGACAACAUACAGAGACAUUUCCAGUCAUGAAUUCGGACCAGGAUGUAGCGCUCAAACUUGCCCAGGAGCGAGCUGAAAUAGUUGCUAAAUAUGACAGAGGACGAGAAGGCGCGGAGAUUGAGCCCUGGGAAGAUGCUGAUUACCUUGUUUACAAAGUCACGGACAGAUUUGGCUUUUUACAUGAGGAGGAGCUCCCAUACCAUAAUGCAGCUAUGGAACGGCAAAAGCACCUGGAAAUUGAAAGAACUACUAAAUGGUUGAAAAUGCUAAAAGGAUGGGAAAAAUAUAAGAACACUGAAAAGUUUCAUAGGAGAAUUUACAAAGGGGUCCCACUCCAGCUCCGAGGUGAAGUCUGGGCUCUGCUCCUUGAGAUUCCUAAAAUGAAAGAAGAAACAAGGGACCUUUAUAGUAAAUUAAAACACAGAGCACGGGGCUGUUCACCUGAUAUAAGACAAAUAGACCUCGAUGUCAACCGUACAUUUAGGGACCAUAUUAUGUUUAGAGACAGAUACGGUGUUAAGCAGCAGUCUCUAUUCCAUGUUCUUGCUGCGUAUUCUAUUUAUAAUACGGAAGUUGGAUACUGUCAGGGGAUGAGCCAAAUCACAGCUUUGCUCCUUAUGUAUAUGAAUGAAGAAGACGCCUUCUGGGCCCUGGUCAAACUUUUCUCAGGCCCCAAACACGCCAUGCACGGCUUUUUUGUCCAUGGUUUUCCUAAACUCUUGAGGUUUCAAGAACAUCAUGAAAAAAUACUGAAUAAAUUUCUGUCCAAGCUUAAGCAGCACUUGGAUUCUCAAGAAAUCUACACCAGUUUUUAUACAAUGAAAUGGUUUUUUCAGUGUUUCCUUGAUCGUACUCCUUUUACACUAAACCUCAGAAUAUGGGAUAUCUACAUCUUUGAAGGCGAACGAGUUCUUACUGCUAUGUCUUACACAAUCUUAAAAUUACACAAAAAACAUCUAAUGAAAUUGUCUAUGGAAGAACUUGUAGAAUUUCUUCAAGAGACCUUGGCAAAGGACUUUUUCUUUGAAGAUGAUUUUGUGAUAGAGCAACUUCAGAUUUCUAUGGCAGAACUAAAGCGGGCAAAGUUAGACCUUCCAGAACCUGGUAAAGAAGAUGAAUUUCCAAAGAAGCCUUUGGGACAGCUUCCCCCUGAAUCUCAGUCUGCUGGCCUUAGUCAGCUGAGCAAUGGACAGAGUGUUGGCAGGUCAAGUCCGCACAAGGUCAGCAGAAGGGAGAGUAGCUCAUCACCUCACAAAAAGCCUGAGCAUUCUCCUCACCAUCAGAGCAGACUUGGGACACCGGAAAGAGUGAGGCAACAGAGACAGAAGUCGGUGGAUGAGGACAGUAAAAAGCUUAAAGAGGAAGCAGAUUUUCAAAGAAAACCUCCAUCAGGGCCGCAGGACAGUGCCAGGCAACAUGAUCAUGCAGCUGCUAACCAAAAUAGCAAUGCCAUUUCAAACACCAGGAUGGAAUUUGUGCCCAAAUGGAAUAAACCGUCAGAUGUUUCAGCCGUUGAAAAGACUGCCAAGUACGCCAGUGAAGGUAAAAGUAGAUCCCAUCCCACGUUUACCGUCACCAUCCCAAGUUCUGCUGACCCUCGGGUGUCAAAUGCAAGGCAGAAGGGGAAGGUCUGGGACGCCGAGGAAGGGAAGCGGGGCUCCAAUGCGUCCCAGUAUGAUAAUGUUCCUGACAGUGAGAAUGGCGCUUCUGUGGAAGAGGCACUAGAAAGGGCUUACUCUCAAAGUCCAAGGAGUAUUGUUUACGCUCAUAGUCCAAGAAAGCAUGCUGAGCCAAGUUCUAGUCCAUCAAAAGCACCAAACAAGUUUACUUUUAAAGUACUGCCUCCAAGUUUUGCAAAAUAUCCAUCUCACUUAGAUGGGGACGACCUUGGGCCCCUGCACCCGCCAUCUUAUAGCAACCCCCCUGUUUACCAGGGAAAUUCUCCCAAACAUGUCCUUGCUGCCAACAGCAGCUUUGUGUCUCCACAGUUUAGCCAUGGGACUCAAAUGAAUCUUCCCAGGAGACCUCAUGGUUCUCUUUCAAUCAGUGUUUCUCAAGAGAAAUCUCAUAGCCGCCCAACCCCUAUUGUCCUACCAUCUAGUCGAAUAGAAGUUCUUCCUGUUGAUAUUGGUGAUGGGGGAUAUUCGGGCAAUUCAGGGUCACCAAAGAAUGGAAAAUUCAUCAUUCCUCCAGUGGAUUAUUUGCCAGACAGCAGGAAAUGGUCAGACGUCAGUUACACAUACAGACCUGAGAUGCAUGAGCAGUCAUGGACUCGAGAUGCUAACCGUAGCCACUUAAGCAAUUUACCCAAAUAUCCCGCCUUUCAGCACGUGCCGUUCCAGGACCAUAACCUCCCCGCGGUCUCCAUAGACAGUCCAGUGCGGUAUCGCACUUCCCCAGCGUUAGAAGAUGCCAGUUCAUCCGGGUAUGCAUACCCAGGGCCCUCGGCCCCAGGAUAUCACUACAGAAACCGGGAUGGACUUCCUAUUCAAGAGUCAGUAUUGCUGUGAGAGUUUAUCUGUACUUGCCUAAGAUCAGAGAAGAGAAACCACACGAAACCUACAUUGCGAUGUUUGUAAUUGCCAAAGCAGUAUUUUAUACCGUUGUAAGCAACUCACGCGGUCCUAAUGUAUGUCAGUAACAAGAACAGGGGGAAGUGUUUUCCUCCCACCUAGAGGCUACUUAAGAUGAGCACCUUAGAUUGCAUCAUCACUGACGCUGGUAAAAAGACUUGACCCUGGAAACAUAGCACUAGCAUUUAGGGGUGCACGCACAAUAGUAAGUCAUGACUCAGUUUCACUUACAGCUUUCUCCAGAACCUGAACAUUUUUACUACUCUGUCAGCCCAUUCUAUUUUGAGUAAUGUUACAAAGCACUGAAAAACUGUGUAGAGUAGAUAUUUUUAAGGCUCUAUGUAGUGUAAGUGUCUUUUAGUAGAUACUGUAGGCAUCUGUGCAUACACAUUUGUACACAGAACUGAAGAAAAUGUGUAAACAACGACUUUUAAUCUAGAUCCAUGAAAUAAUUUAUUAUUCUUUUCUUUAACUGGUCUUUCAGUCAAGUUUUUUUCCCCCUCAUAUUUUUAACCCAGAUCCAAAACUGACUUAAGGGUUUUGCCCUGAGUUGAUUAAUUCAAAUCUCACAGAAUAUUCAACUUUCUCAUUCAGUUGCCGCCAUUUUCUUUCAAUCUGAAAAUUAAAGACAGUGGAGAAAAUGGCUAACCUCUUAAUGGUGCUGAAAAACCGUGGCAGUUGCAGUGUCUGGCCAGGGUACAGCGCUCCCUGUGUCCCUGUGCCCGAGGCCAGUCAGUGCCUCUGUGCCCUGUCCUGGCCCGACUCUUGGAAAGCGCAGCACGUUCCUUGCCAGAUGCAGAGGAAAUGCUGUGGUGCAGCCCCUGUGGGUGCCAGCAGGACACUUAGUUGCAAGUUACUGUUCAUCAGGCACUCCUGGCAGCUGUGGAGCAAGCUCCUUGGAGAUUCCUUUGAAAGCAGGAUCAGCUAUAAGGUUACUUCUUACUUCCGCCCCUCAAUGUAGUGCAGAGCCACCCUGCAAAGGGCCGGCUUCAUUUCCAAGAUCUUUUUCAGGCACUCUUCCUUUAAAGGAUGUAGUCAAUGGAAAUUGCUGUGCUUAGGCCAUUAAAUCAUCAGUGUGUAAAAUUGUAAAAUGAUCCUAAUUAUUAAUAGGAGCCUAAGAUUUGGGGGGUUUUGUUGUUGUUGUUGUUUUUUUAAUGAAAGUCUGACUUUCAUACUUGCAAAAAUCUCCUUUUCGGUGACAAAAAUUCAGUUCAUGUUAAAAAUUAGCAAUGUCUUUUACAAUACUCUAUUACACUACAGUUACCAAAACACUGCAAAGUGUGGGACUCGCCAAGAAAGUAGUAUUUCACGUUUAAUUGGAGAGCUUGUUUUCAGCAUUACUUCGUUCAAAAUUGAAUAAUAAAGUAGAAAUCCUAACAUAGAGGGCUCUUCUUGUUGCAAGUUAGGGCGUCAAGCUUUCAAGGUACAGACUGUCUUUUAAAAUGAGAGUAACAUUUGUUGAGCUAGUGAAUGUGACAUUAUUUUUUUAUGUAUAUAAUGAGUCUAAUGUAAUUUUCAUCCACUUGGUAAUGAUGUUAUUAAGUGACAGAACAAGUGCAGUGUACUAGCAGGUAAGCACUACACUGAAAGCUCAGACAAAAUCCUUAUAUCACUGGGCUCUUGAUUCAGAUCAUGUGACGCUUAGAAAUAAAUGUAUAUAAAAAUGUAGCUGAGGAUAUUAAUUCCAGUUUUAAACCAUGACUCUGUGACUUGUAAUAAACCAAGCUGUACAAUUUAGUUCAUGAUGGCAGCACCCCAGCUGCUCCAAAAUCUAUAUAUCAACCGUGAUAAAUACUGUAGAUUUAUAUAUAUAUAUAUGCAAAACCUAUAUACACACACACUAUUUUCUUAUGUCAUCGAUGACAUUUUUUAUCUGUAUACUUUUUUGGAUGUGAUUGUUUUUAACAUGCUAAAAGUAAUACGUAUAUUUUGUUUUGUGUCUUUUAUGUGCUUUUUUUUCAUAUUGCAAAAGUGUUGCAUCUCAAUGCUUCUAAAACUAAUUCUCUUCUAAUUGAGCAGAUAGUGCCCAGUGUCUGCCUACAUGACUAUGUAUAUCAAGUACUGUGUUACAUGCCUUAUUAACUUUUGGUACUACCGUAUUUAGAGCUACAUCUCCUUUAGUUUAUUUAAUCUGCCAUUAUUAAUAGCAAUAAGGUAUUAUUUCCAGUCUUCUCCAUGAUGCAGUGUAGUGCUCUGUUAGUUUUUCAAGUAGGAAAAUGUAAUUUGAAGUUAUUUUGCCACCAUACAAUUUUACUCUUUCACAUUUAUCUUUUAAUAAUAGAUAAAUAAUGAAAUAAUGACAGAAGAGAAAAUAAUAUUGGUAAAGUGGGUUAAAUAUAUUUAUGGAAAACAUAUUUGGUAAGAAUUUCAUGGUGUGGAGACUGAUUUAACUCUGUAACUGCAUGUACUUGGUGUAAAUAUUUUGCCGUUACUAAGUCUUUUCUUCAUAGCAGUUUUGCCUAAAACAAUAAGCACUUUGGUAUAGUUUUUAUUUUUUUAAUAUUCAGUUUGAAAGUUAAAAAAACGAGACCUGAAUCUCAAAGGGUUUUAAUACUUUGACUCUUUCAGGUACUUAUGUUGUUCUAUAAGAUUAAAAAAAAACACAACCUGACAGCUUUUUAAAGCCGGAACAUAUAUGUAAAAUCAGAUAUCAAAGUAUCGUGGAGGAAAAAAAAUAUUUUUUCAUCUACCCUUCUAGGUCCUCCGGCCAGGCCGGACCCUGUAAAUUGGACUGACAUAAGACAGAUGAAAAGAGAAAAACAAACAAGUUUAUUAGCAUGUGCAUCAUACAUUCACAUGGGAGGACCCAGUGAUGAGUAACUCAAAGGGAGGGCAGGGGGGUUCUAGAUACUUAA